CACGCUAGACUGGGCGCUGGCCAAUGGCGUGACAGCCCCGCCGAGAGUAAUGUUAGAGAGCUGAAGACUGAAGACACUGCGUAUCGCCUCUGUGUUCCCUCAUACACAGCCAUUGCGGAGCAUUGAGAUCCAACGAGAGUCAACGAGAGUCCCACUGAUAUUGUUGCAAGGAUGGGGAAAGAUCCCACCAAGCCGAGGGGGAAGAUGUCCUCCUAUGCCUAUUUUGUGCAGACCUGUCGCGAGGAGCACAAGAAGAAACACCCUGAUGCUUCGGUCAAUUUUUCGGAGUUCUCCAAGAAGUGCUCUGAGCGAUGGAGGACAAUGUCUGCCAAAGAGAAGACCAAGUUUGAGGACCUUGCCAAGCAAGACAAGGAGCGUUAUGACAGAGAGAUGAUGAACUACACUCCAGUCAAGGGAAAGAAGAAGAAGAAGUUCAAGGACCCCAAUGCCCCCAAGAGACCCCCAUCUGCCUUCUUCAUCUUUUGCUCAGAUUUUCGUCCUAAGGUGAAGGGCGACAGUCCUGGUUUAUCCAUUGGAGAAGUUGCCAAGAAGCUGGGUGUGAUGUGGAACGGCACCUCCGCUGAGGACAAGCAGCCCUAUGAGAAGAAGGCCUCUAAACUGAAGGAGAAAUAUGAGAAGGAUGUUGCUGCAUAUCGUGCCAAGGGCAAAGCCGGUAGUGCCGCACCUGCAAAAGCUCCUGCCAAGAUGCAAAAAGAUGACGAUGAUGAUGACGACGAUGAUGAGGAGGACGAGGAUGAGGAUGAUGAUGAUGAUGAUGAUGACGAGUAAUUUGCGAGUGACAUAUAUGUAAAGUGGUCAUUUUCUUGUUUAUAAAGCAUUUAACCCCCUUGUACACUCUUCACUUACUGAAAGAUAAUACAUUAGAACCCAAGGGGUAAAAAAAAAACAACAAAAAAGGCUGUGUAUAUCAGUUGUUUUUAUGCUGUACAGUUUUUUUCUCCUUUUUGUAUAGUUAACACUACACAAGUAUCGUGUCUGUAUCUUUCCGCCAGUCUUAUUUUUCCAGUGAUAGUUCUUAGACCACUAUCUUGCCUGGUACAGUGUAAAGGGGUGGGCUUUCAGUAUUUACCCCAGCUAGAGGUGCACAGCACAAAAAAUUAUUCUGAGUUAGAGCUGAGUGUCUUUUCUUUUUUUUCUCCCUUCUUUUUUGUGUGUUUGUACUUUAAAAUGAUAUCAAGGUUGACGUAUCACAAUUGUUUUACUGAUCUUUAUGUACCACUGUAAUGGCAAAAAUAAAAGAAACGCCUUGUUUAUUGUUCAGAUUGAAAUUGCUUCUGAUGUCAAUAAACAUUUUUUUUU